AUGGCCGGCAAAUUCGUUGACGGCGAAGUGUUUGGAUUUUUUCUCGCGGUGGUGAUUUGUAUCACGUGCCCUGAAUAUGUGUCAUCGGCGCAACGCGAGUUGGGCAAGGGCGGGCCCGCCAACGCAUCAGCUACUGCCCCACCCGGCCCCGGGGACAACGCAAUACGGCCUGGGGCCGCGGACCCUAGACCCACGCCGCGCGCAGGCCCCUACUUCGACCUGGCGUUCUCGAAGAACGUCACCGCAUUACUCGGCAAGACAGCUUACUUGAACUGCCGCGUCAAGAAUUUGGGUAACAAAACGCUGAAUAUGCAAGUUUCCUGGGUUCGACACAGAGACAUUCAUUUAUUGACUGUGGGAAGAUACACGUAUACGAGCGAUCAGCGAUUUCGGUCUAUACAUCUACCACACACUGAAGAUUGGACUCUGCAGAUAAAAUAUCCUCAACAUAGAGACACUGGAAUUUACGAGUGCCAGAUAUCAACUACGCCGCAUAUGAGCCAUUACAUACAUUUGAACGUAGUCGAGCCGACAACAGAGAUAAUCGGUGGUCCUGACCUUUAUAUAGAUCGCGGCAGCACGAUAAACUUAACGUGCGUGGUUCUCUACUCGCCGGAACCACCAGCAUAUAUAUUCUGGAAUCACAAUAAUGCGAUCAUUAGCUACGAUUCCCCCCGGGGCGGGGUGUCGGUGGUCACAGAGAGGGGCGAAACGACAACUUCGUUCCUUUUGAUACAGCAAGCGAAGCCUUCGGACUCCGGGACUUAUCAGUGUAAUCCGAGUAACGCUCAGGUUAAAAGUGUUAUGGUUCACGUCUUAAAUGAAGCAAAUUCGAUUUUCCCAUUGUCAGGCGAGUACCCGGCGGCCAUGCAGCGAGGUGGGCAGGCUUUUGCGCUGACGUCACCAGUCCACUGCUUUGUGCUUGCAGUGAGCCUCAUAAUAAAUCUCUCC